UUCCCUGGAAGAAAUCACCGUUAGCAGAUCCCUUUUACGAGAAGACAAACGAAAAAAGAAUGUUAAGUUACCAGAUACAACGUCAACCAGUCAAGAUGUAUCAGAUGUGACGGAGGACGCAUCAUUAUGGGCCAACGAAGGAGAUCUAAAUUGUAAAUUAAAUGAAUCACCAUGGUUAGAUGCCUCGUCAUCCACUAAAAGCUCCAUGACAAAAUAUGAAAAUGUCAAAACCCUGUCUGAACAUCACUUUCAAACCUUACCUGAUUAUGCUGGUAGUAUGGGAAUAAAUAUGAACAAGAAAUUAUUAGGUCAUGUAUCAGGACAGAAAUCGAAAAUACAAGACAACGAUGAUGCGUAUGAGACAGCUGUGCUAGCUACACGCUCUUGUUCAGAAAGGGAAUCAGAGAGAUUAGUUUGUGGUGGAAAAAGUGAAGGUGGCUCUAUCAAUAGGAACGAACAAGUCGCACAAAAUUAUACAACUGUAAACGAAAAUACUGAUGCUGCGAAUGAUAAACAAAUAUGUGAAGCUUCGUUUGAUAAAUUCAAACCAAUGAACGAUUCUAAUGAUGCUUCUAUAAAAUCAGGUGUCACUGGUGAUUUGCAUAUAGAAACUGUUACUGAACCUGGAGUUAUCAGAAAGCUAAAACAAUUCUUUGGCAUUACCAAACAAGUAAAAGAGGUUAAAGUGUCAAUCACGAAGGAUAAAUUCUUAAAGAAGUCUUCUAAAGUCGGAAAAAAGAAGUUACACAACAAAAAUAUAGCCCCAAUAAUGGUCUGGGAUUUUGGAGGGCAGGAUGUUUUCUAUUCAACUCAUCAGACAUUUCUGACAUACAGAGCUAUUUAUAUAAUUGUAUUAGAUGGAAGUAAAAAACUCGAUGAUCCUUGUCCGUAUGAACAAUACCUUCCAGGAAAGAGUGGACAUAAAACCUCAAGAGAUUAUCUGUUAUUCUGGAUCAACACCAUUAUUACAUACUGUAAAGGAAGCAUUCAGGGAUUUCCUAAAGUAAUGGUUGUUUUAACUCACAAAGAUCAGGUAAAAGCUAAUGAAGUUGAACAAAGACGACAUGACAUAUUUGGAGAAAUCUACAAAAUGUUUCACAAAAGUCCAUUGUUUCAACAAUUGGUAAUUGAUGAUGAAAUAUUUGUAAACGCUAAAGACAAAUAUGACCCAGAAAUGGCGAAGAUUAAGGUUGCUAUCAUCAGGGAAUCAGAGAGGCAACCAACAUGGGGAGAACCCCUUCCAAAAUGCUUUAUCCCGUUAGAGUUAGAAUUUGCAUCGUUGAUCAGACGCAACAUCCCUCUAAUUACACUUGGUCAUCUAAUGAAAAUAAACUCAUUGCAGCCUAUUAGACCGUUGUCAGAAGCUGAAUUGAAGGUAUUUCUGAAAUUUCAACAUUCUAUUGGCAAGUUAUUGUACUUCGAUGAACAUAAAUUGGACGACCGUAUCAUUUUGUCUCCCACUCUUCUUAUAGAUGCAUUCAAAUCAAUUGUUACAGAUAGGCAAUUUUGUGAAGGAGACAAGAAAAGAGAAGAAUUAUGGAAUGCAAUGGGAAAGACAGGGGUGGUAUCAAAACAAGCAAUAGAAGGCGUUUGGAAGGGAAAGAAGUAUGUACAAUUUUACGAAGACAAAGAUUAUCUAUUAAAUGUCAUGACCCAUCUUGAUAUAUUGGUUGAACCAAAGAGAUACGGCUCUGAUCACAACCGCAUACCUGCUGACUUUUAUUAUAUCGCAAGUAUGGUACGAGCUAUAGAUGAUUCUGGAUACCUUCAAUCCACUGACAUCACCAAACGAAAUAUUGCCAUAGCCUUUCUAGCGUCUUCCAUGAUGAUACCCCCGGCAUUAUCGUUUAGAUUUAUCAGUUACUGCCUGUAUGUUUGGGCGGUGAAGACAUAUGGAGAAACCAACAGGGACAUGCUGUUCCAUAGGGCAGGGGUUUUCACUGUUGAUCCUUCAGUAGAUAUGUAUGUUCUCUGCGAAGAUGAGAUGAUUGUUGUCCGUCUCGUUCAUGCUGAAACAAACACGCUUAUAAUGAGGGAUAUGGCGUCCAGUGUAAACGAAUGUUUAGUAUCUGCAUUGGAGAAAAUCAGUCAGUUGUAUAUCAAAACAAGUAGCGAUCAGAGUCACAACAGUGAUGCAUCCUUUAUCACCAGAAUAUGUUGUAACUCACCGGAUAACCCAUGUAUCCUACCGUUACCAAGACUAACCAAAAUUGACAAAAUAUGGACAUGUCCUGAGCAUGCCAUUGAACACAAUAUACACACAAUCACAUCGUGGUUUGCCAGAAAGGUAUUUACAAGUUAG